AUGGCCAGAACUAAGCAAACCGCAAGAAAGUCCACGGGAGGCAAGGCCCCCAGAAAGCAGUUGGCGUCCAAGGCCGCCCGCAAAUCCGCCCCCGUUUCGGGCGGUGUCAAGAAGCCCCACAGAUAUAAGCCCGGUACCGUUGCCUUGAGAGAAAUCAGAAGAUUCCAGAAGUCCACGGAGCUUUUGAUUAGAAAGUUGCCCUUCCAGAGAUUGGUCAGAGAAAUCGCCCAGGACUUCAAGUCGGACUUGCGUUUCCAGUCCUCUGCCAUCGGCGCUUUGCAGGAGGCCGUGGAGGCGUACUUGGUGUCGUUGUUUGAAGACACCAACUUAUGUGCCAUCCACGCCAAGAGGGUCACCAUCCAAAAGAAAGAUAUCCAGUUGGCCCGGAGGUUGCGGGGCGAGAGAUCGUAG